CUUCUUCUCACACACACCUUUACCAACAACUCAACACCCACCCCCACCCAACAACAGCCCAACUUCACAAUGGCACCCAAGCCCGCUUCCUCUGCUUCCAAGGCCCCCGCUUCUCAGGGUGGCAAGGCUCCCGCUGCCAAGGCCCCCGCUGAGGCCGGCAAGAAGACUGCUUCUAAGUCCAAGUCUGCCGCUACCGGUGACAAGAAGAAGGCCAAGAAGACCCGAAAGGAGACCUACUCCACCUACAUCUACCGAGUCCUGAAGCAGGUGCACCCCGACACUGGUAUCUCCACCAAGUCCAUGGCCAUCCUCAACUCGUUCAUCUCCGACAUCUUCGAGCAGGUCGCUGCCGAGGCCUCCAAGCUCGCUGCUUACAACAAGAAGUCGACCAUCAGCUCGCGUGAGAUCCAGACUGCUGUCCGCCUCAUCCUCCCCGGAGAGCUCUCCAAGCACGCCAUCUCCGAGGGUACCAAGGCCGUCACCAAGUACUCUUCCUCCAAGUAAGCGACUGUGCGCCUCUGCCUGCCGACGAGCACAAUGAUGGGAUAGCCAAGCCGAGCCUGCCUACGCAGCUGGCUCUAGCUCCUCGCCACUCCGCUCUCGAGCGCACGCACUAUGCCUACUCCUCUCCUCUCUCUCUCCUCCUGUACCAGUUCUCUGUCAUCCUUCUUUCCCUUUGCCCACUUCUCUUCCUGUUUGCGCAUUGUAUGUAGUAGUCGAUCUUCGCACGCGCGCCCCUUCGACUGCGUUUCGAGUCCU